AUGGUCAAGGACGACAUGCGUGGUCUCACGCAAUACAUCGCCGACCUGCGCGCGUGCAGGGUGCGCGAGCUCGAGGAGAAGCGCAUCAACAAGGAGAUGGCCCACAUCCGCCAAAAGUUCAAGGACGGCAACCUCGACGGGCGGCAGAAGAAGAAGUACAUCUCGAAGAUCAUCUUUACGUCCAUCCUCGGCUACCCGGUCGACAUUGGCCACAUGGAGGCCGUCAACCUCAUCUCGUCGACCAAGUACUCGGAGAAACAGAUCGGCUACCUCGCCCUCACGCUCCUCAUGCACGAAAACUCGGACAUUGUGCGCCUCGUCGUCAACUCGAUCCGCAAGGACCUCGACGAGAUGAACGAGACGACCAACUGCCUCGCGCUGCACGCCAUCGCCAACGUGGGAGGGCCCGACAUGGCCGAGGCGCUCGCGCCCGACGUGCACCGGUUGCUCAUCAGCCCGACGUCCAAGUCGUUCGUCAAGAAGAAGGCGGCCCUGACGCUCCUGCGCCUGUACCGCAAGCACCCCGAGGUCAUACCUGCCGCCGACUGGGCCCUGCGCAUCGUCUCGAUCCUCGACGACUCGGACCUCGGCGUCGUCGUCGCCGUCGCGAGCCUCGUCCUGGCCCUCGCGCAGGACAACCUCGAGGCGUUCAGCAUCUGCUACCAGAAGGCCGUCAACCGCUUGAGCAAGAUCGUCCUGCAGGGCGAGAUCUCGCCCGACUACGUCUACUACAAGAUCCCGAUCCCGUGGCUCCAGGUCAAGCUGCUGCGCCUGCUCCAGUACUACCCGCCGUCUGACGACCCGACCCUGCGCCUCGUCCUGCACAACGUCCUCGAGCGCAUCCUCAAGAACUCGGGCGACCAGCACCGCAACGUGCAGCAGAACAAUGCGCAGAACGCCGUCCUGUUCGAGGCCAUCAACCUCGCGAUCCACCUCGACACCGAGUCGGCCGUGGUGCAGCAGGCGGCGCACCUCCUCGGGCGCUUCAUCCUGUCCAAGGAGACCAACGUGCGGUACCUCGGCCUCGACACGAUGGCGCACCUCGCCGCGAGGAGCGACAACCUCGACGCGAUCAAGAAGCACCAGGCGACCAUCACCCAGAGCCUGCGCGACAAGGACAUCUCGGUGCGGCGGCGCGGCCUCGACCUCCUGUACUCGAUGUGCGACACGUCCAACUCGAAGGCGAUCGUCGGCGAGCUCCUCAAGUACCUCGUCGUCGCCGACUACACCCUGCGCGAGGAGAUGGUGCUCAAGGUGGCCAUCCUCACCGAAAAGUUUGCGACCGACUACGAGUGGUACCUCGACACGAUCCUGACGCUCAUGAGCACGGCCGGCGACCACGUCGGCGACGAGGUGUGGUACCGCAUCGUCCAGAUCGUCACCAACACCGAGGAGCUGCAGGAGUACGCCGCGAGGCGCGUGUUCGAGGUCCUCCUCAAGCCGACCGUCCACGAGAACCUGAUCAAGGUCGCGGCCUACAUCCUCGGCGAGUACGGCCACCUCGUCGCCGACGAGCCGGGCCGCAGCCCGAUCGAGCAGUUCCACCUCCUCAACUCGCGCCAGCCGCAGUGCGCCAACCCGACCAAGGCGCUCCUCCUGACGACCUACUUCAAGUGGCUCAACCUGUUCCCCGAGAUCCGGCACGAGCUCAUCGCCGCGUUCGACAAGAGCUCGCGCCUGCUCGACGCCGAGCUGCAGCAGCGCGCGUGCGAGUACCUCGCCAUCGCCAACUUGCCCGACGAGGAGCUCCUCCAGGUCGUCGUCGAUGAGAUGCCGCCCUUCUCGGAGCGCGAGAGUGCUCUCCUGAGCCGGCUCAUCAAGAAGACGGGCGACACGCACGACAAGCGCACGUGGUACAUCGGCGGCAAGGAGGUCAACCAGGGCCAGGACGCGGCACGGUACGGCGCGUUCGGCCGCCGCAAGGGCCGCGACGGGCACGCCGCGACGCACGAGGCGCUCGGGAGCGGGACGGCGGCGGGCGGCGGGCAGGCGCCGUUGGGCAGCGGCACGAUCGCGGACGACUUGCUCGGGCUCGACCUCGGCGGCGGCGGCGGCGAGUCGAUGGGCCCGGCAUCGCCGAGCGAGGUGCGCUCGCCGGCUACGGCGGCAGCAGCGUCGUCGCCGGUGACGGCCACCAAGCCGCUCCUCGCGACGCCGACGGGCGCCGGCGCCGGCUCGAGCUCAGCAGCAGCAGCGCCGACGCCGCGCGCCAAGCAGCAGGUGACGCACGGCGCCGACCGGUGGCUGUCGCGGCUCGUAUACAACUCGGAGGGCGUCCUGUGGGAGGACGCGCAGCUCCAGGUCGGCGUCAAGUGCGAGUUUCACGGGCACCUCGGGCGCGUCGCGCUCUACUUUGGCAACAAGGUGCCCGUCGCGCUCGAGUCGUUCACGGCGACGGUCACGGUGCACGGCGACGACGCCGAGCGCGAGGCGCUCAAGGUGACGCUGCCCAAGAUCCCGACGCCCCACAUCAGCGCCCUCUCGCAGGUCCAGCAGCUCGUGCACGUCGAAUGCAAGGACCUGUUUGCGCACCCGCCGCUCCUCCACAUUUCGUACCUCGCCGGGUCCCUCCAGACCCUCACCCUGCGCCUCCCCGUGUGGCCGACCAAGUUUGUCGAGCCGGUCAAGCUCGACGCGGCCGCCUUCUUCGAGCGGUGGAAGCAGAUUGGCGGCGCGCCGCGCGAGGCGCAGCAGAUCUUUCCGCUCCCGGGCUCGGGCGUCGUCGACGCCGAGAAGAACCGCCGGGUCGUCGGCGGCGCAAGACUCGGCGUCCUCGACGGCAUCGACCCCAACCCGAACAACGUCGUCGCCGCGGGCGUGCUCCACAUGAGCAACGGCGGCAAGGUCGGGUGCCUGCUUCGCGUCGAGCCCAACGCCGAGGCCAAGCUGUGCCGCCUCACGGUCCGCACGACCAACGAGGCCGUCUCGCAGGCCGUGCUCAAGGUGCUCGUCGCGUCGCUGUCGGGCAAGUGAGGGAGCUCGUGCGCAAUGCAGUCGGCUCGUCGUCGUC